UUGAAAGUGCCGAAGUGGUUUCCCUCCCCUCUUGACUUGAAGCAUUAAAAACGAAACGAAGAGUUCGAUGAUGCAAUUUUGAAAUUCUUCUCGCUUCCCCAAAACCCUACCCUUCAACUGCGAUCGAUUCGUCUUCUUUGCAUUUGGUUUGAUCGCAGCCACGUGUUUGAACUUUGACAUUUGUAGCAAAGGGAAGAAUGACUGAUAAAGUUCCUGAUAUUGAAGAGGCUGCUGAGCCUCCGGCUUCAUUUGCUGAUGUAGCAAAGGGAAUAAUGACAGAUAAAGUUCCUGAGAUUGAAGAAGCUGCCGAGCCUCCAGCUUCACGCCAAUCAUCUGCUGAUGUGCUCCAUAAUUUGGAAACGGAGCAAAUGGCUCCUACAAAGUAUUCUAUUAUCAGUAGGAAUGGGAUUGGGACCACAGGGAAACGCAUACCUUUACUUGUGAAUCUUUUCAAAGUUGAUGUUAAUGCUCCAAAUCCAGACACAAUGUUUUUCCAGUAUAGUGUUACUAUUACUUUCGAAGAUAAAAGAGCUGUUGAAAGCAAGGGAAUUUGGAGAAAAGUGAUUCAUAGACUUUACCAAAUGUACUCUUCUGAACUUGGUGGCAAAAGGUUUGCCUAUGAUGGAGGGAGAGCUUUGUACACAGUGGGUCCUCUGCCGCUAAAUAAAUAUGAAUUCAAGGUGUUGCUGGAGGAGUCUUUUACUAAAUGCAGUAGUGCUGAGAGUCCCGGUGUUAACGGAAGCCUCUGUGAGAAAACAAAAAGGUCAAAACAUUCUUUUCAAUCAAAGACAUUCAUAGUGGAGAUUAGUUUUGUUGCCAAAAUACCCCUGCAGUCCAUUGCCCUCAAAGAGGUCGAGUCAGAUGCUUUGAGAGUGCUUGAUAUUGUAAUGAGGCAGCGCGCAGCUAAUUGUGGGUGUCUCCUGGUAAGGCAAUCUUUUUUUCAUGAUGACUCAAGAAAUUUCACCGAUAUUGGGGCUGGUGUAACAGCAGUCUCGGGUUUUCAUUCAAGUUUUCGUCCUACACAGCGAGGAUUGUCUUUCAAUAUGGAUGUUUCAACAACUAUGAUCAUAAAACCUGGACCUGUAGUUGAUUUUCUGUUAGCAAACCAGCAAGUGAGGGAACCCCGUUAUAUUGACUGGGCAAAGGCCAAAAAAAUGCUUAAAAAUUUAAGGGUGCAAGCAACUCAUAGUAACCAGAAAUUUAAAAUUUAUGGCUUCAGUGAGAAACCAUGCAUUCAACAACUUUUUAGUAUGAAGGUUAAAAACGAUAAUGGCAAUAAUGAGGGGCAGACAGUAGAUAUUACUGUAUAUGAGUAUUUUGCCAAACAUCGUGGCAUAGAGCUGACCUCAUCUGCUUAUCUUCCAUGUCUUGAUGUAGGGAAGCCAAAUCGGCCCAUUUACCUUCCCUUGGAGCUAUGUGCACUUGUUUCCCUCCAACGGUAUACAAAGGUAUUAUCUCCAAUGCAAAGAGCAUCUUUAGUUGAAAAAUCACGCCAAAAGCCUCAAGAUAGAAUCAAAAUCCUGAAAAAUGCUGUAGGAAAUUAUUGCUACGAUGAUGAUCCUGUUCUUGCUGCAUGUGGCAUUUCUAUUGAGAAACAAUUGACACUGGUUGAAGGUCGUGUUCUUGAGACACCAAAGUUGAAGGUUGGUAAGAAUGAUGAUUGCUUCCCCAAUAGUGGAAGGUGGGACUUUAAUAAGAAGACACUUCUACAACCAUCGCAUAUCGAUUUUUGGGCUGUUGUAAACUUUUCUGCACGUUGUGAUACUAGUUACAUUUCAAGGGAGCUGAUCAGAUGUGGAAUGAGCAAGGGAAUUAACAUUGAAAGGCCAUAUACUUUGAUAGAGGAGGAACCACAGUUGAGAAAAUCUAAUCCUGUUACAAGGGUUGAAAGAAUGUUUGACCUGCUUGCAUCAAAACUUACAAGAGAACCGAACCUGAUUCUUUGUGUUCUGCCAGAAAGGAAAAAUUGUGAUAUAUAUGGGCCUUGGAAAAAGAAGUGUCUGAGUGAAAUUGGUGUUGUCACACAGUGCAUUUCCCCUCCUCUCAAGAUCACUGAUCAAUACCUUACUAAUGUACUUCUUAAAAUCAAUUCUAAGCUUGGAGGAAUAAAUUCUCUGUUGGCAAUAGAGCAUUCUGGGCAUCUUCCCCUGAUUAAAGAUACCCCAACAAUGAUUUUGGGGAUGGAUGUCUCUCACAGUUCACUUGGUCGAUCAGAUAUUCCAUCAAUUGCAGCUGUUGUUGGAUCUCGACAUUGGCCACUGAUUUCAAGGUAUAGAGCAACUGUGAGAAUGCAGGCAUCUAAGUUGGAGAUGAUUGAUGCUCUAUUCAAGCCAUUGGAAAAUGGGAGUGAUGAUGGUAUUAUCAGAGAAUUGCUUUUAGAUUUCUAUCAAUCAAGUAAUGGGCGCAAGCCAACUCAAUUUAUUGUCUUCAGGGACGGAGUUAGUGAAUCACAAUUUAAACAAGUUUUGGAUAUCGAGAUUAACCAGAUAAUCAAGGCCUAUCAACAUCUUGGUGAGACUAAUGUUCCCAAGUUCACCGUGAUUGUGGCACAGAAAAAUCAUCAUGUUAAGCUGUUUCUAGCUAAUGGACCGGAAAAUGUUUCUCCUGGGACGGUUGUGGACACUACGAUCACCCAUCCAAGAAAUUAUGAUUUCUACAUGUGUGCUCAUGCAGGGAUGAUUGGUACAUCUAAGCCUGUUCAUUAUCAUGUGCUACUUGAUGAGAUUGGUUUCUCGGCUGAUGGCUUACAAGAUUUGAUCUAUUCGCUGUCCUAUGUGAACCAAAGGAGUACAAUUGCAACCUCAGUUGUGGCACCCGUAUCGUAUGCUCACCAUGCUGCAGCUCAGAUGGGACAAUUUUUUAAUUUUGAUGAUUUAUCAGAAACCUCUGAUUCAGAGGGAAACAUACCCAUUCCAGAGCUUCCAAGGUUGCAUAAGAAUGUCAGGAGUUCCAUGUUCUUCUGUUGAUGCGUAUGGUAGGGUGCUGACAGGUGCAAGUAAAUACAUUUUUUUAGUCAAAAGUAAAUGCAUUUAGAUUAAUCAAAGUGUAAGUGUACAUUUGGUAUAUCUGCAAACAUAUGAAGCCCAAAUUUUGUUUUAUGCGAAGAUGGAUUCGUGGGCUUGAGUUUAGACAGUCUACAUGUUAGUGAUAUGAUUUGUCAUUUUGAAACAUCAAUCAUGGCAAUUGAAUAGUUUUUAUUUUGCAAAUAUUGCUAGCUACGGAAUAGUUA